AUGAAUAACAUCCUGCCAUCUGUUCAGUUGACAUACCACGUACAGGAAGAGUGUUCAUCGAAGGUGAGGAAAAAGAAGACGACCAAAGACGACUCGAACCCGCGACCUUGGCAAAAAACAAGCUAUCCAUGCCAUUAUGUAGGACUUGGUUACUCUUUGGUGCCUAAAAGGGAUCGGAUGAGGGCCAUCAAGGCGCGUAACCAGGAACAAUCAAGAUGA